AUGUCAGGGACUCAGAGCUUCUACCAGGAACACACAGACGACAUCCUGUGUCUGACCGUCAACCAACACCCCAAGUUCAAGAACACCAUCGCCACAGGACAGAUCGGUGACUGCAGCGAGUUCCCAGGCAGCACCCCGUCCAUCCACAUCUGGGACGCCCUGAGUAAGCAGACCCUGUCCAUCCUGCGCUGCCCCCACAGUAAGGGAGUGGGAUACGUCAACUUCAGCUCCACCGGGAAACUGCUGUUGUCUGUGGGCGUGGAGCCGGAGCACAGCAUCACCGUGUGGCGCUGGCAGGAAGGUACGCGGGUGUGCUGCCGGGCGGGACACCCAGACCGGAUCUUCGUGGUGGAGUUCAGACCGGACUCCGACACUCAGUUCGUGUCUGUGGGAAUCAAACACAUAAAGUUCUGGACUCUGGCGGGAGGAGCCCUGAUGUACAAGAAGGGCGUGGUCGGGACGCUGGAGGACGGCCGGCUGCAGACCAUGCUCUCGGUGGCCUUCGGGGCGAACCAGCUAACGUUCUCCGGGGGCAUUAAUGGAGACGUGUACGUGUGGAGGGAGCACUUCCUGUUGAGGCUCGUGGCCAAAGCUCACACUGUGUCCUGCACCUCCUCCAUCUGCUCCUACUCACACUGCUCCUACUCACACUGCACCUCCUCACUCUGCUCCUACUCACACUGCUCCUACUCACACUGCACCUCCUCACUCUGCUCCUCCUCCAUCUACUCCUCCUCACACUGCACCUCCUCACACUGCACCUCCUCACUCUGCUCCUCCUCCAUCUACUCCUCCUCACACUGCUCCUCCUCCAUCUGCUCCUACUUACACUGCUCCUACUCACACUGCACCUCCUCACUCUGCUCCUACUCACACUGCUCCUACUCACACUGCACCUCCUCACUCUGCUCCUCCUCCAUCUACUCCUCCUCACACUGCACCUCCUCACACUGCACCUCCUCACUCUGCUCCUCCUCCAUCUACUCCUCCUCACACUGCACCUCCUCACACUGCACCUCCUCACUCUGCUCCUCCUCCAUCUACUCCUCCUCACACUGCACCUCCUCACACUGCACCUCCUCACUCUGCUCCUCCUCCAUCUACUCCUCCUCACACUGCUCCUCCUCACUCUGCUCCUACUCACUCUGCUCCUCCUCCAUCUACUCCUCCUCACACUGCUCCUCCUCACUCUGCUCCUACUCACUCUGCUCCUCCUCCAUCUACUCCUUCUCACACUGCACCUCCUCACUCUGCUCCUCCUCCAUCUACUCCUCCUCACACUGCUCCUCCUCACUCUGCUUCUCCUCCAUCUGCUCCUACUCACACUGCACCUCCUCACUCUGCUCCUCCUCCAUCUACUCCUCCUCACACUGCACCUCCUCACACUGCUCCUCCUCACUCUGCUCCUCCUCACUCUGCUCCUCCUCACACUGCACCUCCUCACUCUGCUCCUCCUCACACUGCACCUCCUCACUCUGCUCCUCCUCACUCUGCUCCUACUCACACUGCACCUCCUCACUCUGCUCCUCCUCCAUCUACUCCUCCUCACACUGCUCCUCCUCACACUGCACCUCCUCACUCUGCUCCUCCUCACUCUGCUCCUACUCACACUGCACCUCCUCACUCUGCUCCUCCUCACUCUGCUCCUACUCAUACUGCACCUCCUCACACUGCUCCUCCUCACUCUGCUCCUCCUCACUCUGCUCCUACUCACACUGCACCUCCUCACUCUGCUCCUCCUCCAUCUACUCCUCCUCACACUGCACCUCCUCACACUGCUCCUCCUCACUCUGCUCCUCCUCCAUCUACUCCUCCUCACACUGCACCUCCUCACACUGCUCCUCCUCACUCUGCUUCUCCUCCAUCUGCUCCUACUCACACUGCACCUCCUCACUCUGCUCCUCCUCACUCUGCUCCUACUCACACUGCACCUCCUCACUCUGCUCCUCCUCACUCUGCUUCUCCUCCAUCUUCUCCUCCUCACACACACUGCACCUCCUCACUCUGCUCCUCCUCACACUGCUCCUCCUCACUCUGCACCUCCUCACUCUGCUCCUCCUCACACUGCUCCUCCUCACACUGCACCUCCUCACUCUGCUCCUACUCACACUGCACCUCCUCACACUGCACCUCCUCACUCUGCUCCUACUCACACUGCACCUCCUCACACUGCACCUCCUCACUCUGCUCCUCCUCACACUGCUCCUCCUCACACUGCACCUCCUCACUCUGCUCCUCCUCACACUGCUCCUCCUCACACUGCACCUCCUCACUCUGCUCCUACUCACACUGCACCUCCUCACACUGCUCCUCCUCACUCUGCUCCUACUCACACUGCACCUCCUCACAUUCCUGCUCUGGACAGAGCAGACCAAAGAGGGGGGGGCGGUGAAGCUGUGGGACCAGGAGAUGAAGCGCUGCAGAGCCUUCCAGCUGGAGACGGGGCAGCAGGUGGAGUGUGUGCGCUCCGUCUGCAGAGGAAAGGGGAAGAUCCUGGUGGGGACCAAAGACGGAGAGAUCAUCGAGGUGGGGGAGAAGAACGCUGCCUCCAACAUCCUGCUGGACAGCCACGGGCGGGGGGCCGUGUGGGGUCUGGCCACUCACCCCAGCAAAGACCUGUGCAUCACGGCCUCUGACGACUGCACCAUCCGCCUGUGGGACCUGGCGGACAAGAAGCUGCUGAACAAAGUGUGUGUGGGUCAUGCGGCCCGCUGUGUGAGCUACAGUGCAGAUGGAGACAUGCUCGCUGUGGGGAUGAAGAACGGGGAGUUCCUGGUGCUGCUCUCCAUCUCACUCAAGAUGUGGGCCAAGAAACGGGACCGCAGCGCCCCCAUCCAGGACAUACGGUUCAGCCCGGAGCGCCGCCUGCUGGCCGUUGCCGUGGACAACACAGUGGACGUGUACGACAUGACGGCGGGCCCCAGUCUGAGCCGCCUCCUCUACUGCAGCGACAUCCCAGCAUGCAUCCUGCAGCUGGACUUCUCUGCAGACAGCGCCUUCAUACAGGUGUCCACUGCAGCGUACAAGCGGCUGGUGUUUGAGUCCUCAUCAGGCAAACAGGUGUCGGACCAGAACCUCAUCGACAGGAUCACGUGGGCCUCCUGGACCAGGUAG